AUGUCAACAUUGGAAGAACUUGAGGCAUUGGAUAACCAAGCCAGCACUGAAAAACCAGAAAAAAAGGAACAGAAGGACAAAGAUGAAGACGAUGAAUUGUUGAAGGAAAUCAUGGAGGGCACCACAGGUGAUAUCAAGAACAGAACCAGAUUGUUGGAGAAUGAUAUUAGAGUCAUGAGAUCUGAAAUGCAGAGAUUGGCCCAUGAGAAGGCGUCAAUGAUGGAAAAAAUCAAGGACAAUAGUGAUAAAAUCGAAAACAAUAAACAAUUACCAUAUUUGGUCGGUACCGUGGUCGAACUUUUAGACGUUGAGGCCGAACAAGAGGCCACUGAAGAAGGUGCCAAUAUAGAUUUGGAUUCUACCAGAGUUGGUAAAUCGGCAGUUAUAAGAACUUCUACCAGACAAACCGUAUUUUUGCCUCUUGUCGGGUUGGUCGAACCAUCUGAAUUGAAGCCAGGCGACAUCAUCGGGGUAAAUAAGGACUCUUACUUGAUUUUGGAUAAAUUACCUGCAGAAUAUGACUCGAGAGUUAAAGCAAUGGAAGUUGAUGAAAAACCUACUGAAUCUUAUGCGGAUAUCGGUGGGUUAGAAAAGCAAAUUGAAGAAUUAAUUGAAGCAGUGGUGUUGCCAAUGCAGCAAGCCGACAAAUUCACAAAAUUGGGUAUUAAGCCUCCAAAGGGUGCUUUAAUGUAUGGUCCUCCGGGAACUGGUAAAACAUUAUUGGCAAGAGCUUGUGCUGCUAAGACUAAUGCUACUUUCUUGAAGUUGGCUGCCCCACAAUUGGUGCAAAUGUUCAUUGGUGACGGUGCCAAGUUGGUGAGAGAUGCAUUUGCCUUGGCUAAGGAAAAGGCUCCUACUAUUAUUUUCAUUGAUGAAUUGGAUGCCAUUGGUACCAAAAGAUUUGACUCUGAUAAGAGUGGUGACAGAGAAGUUCAAAGAACCAUGUUGGAAUUGUUGAACCAGUUGGAUGGUUUUGGAUCUGACGACAGAGUUAAAGUGCUAGCUGCCACCAACAGAGUUGAUGUUCUUGAUCCUGCCCUUUUGAGAUCUGGUAGAUUAGACAGAAAGAUUGAAUUUCCUUUGCCGACUGAAGAAGGUAGAGCCCAGAUUUUACAAAUCCAUGCUAGAAAGAUGAAGUGCAAUGAUGAUAUUAAUUGGCAAGAAUUGGCAAGAUCAACCGAUGAAUUUAACGGUGCUCAAUUAAAGGCGGUGGCUGUGGAAGCUGGUAUGAUUGCCUUACGUGGUGGUCAAAAUAGUAUUAAACACGAAGACUUUGUGGAAGCUAUUGGUGAAGUCCAAGCCAGAAAGUCAAAAUCUGUUUCAUUUUAUGCAUGA